UAUACUUCGUAUCUCUCCCGAAGACGAUUACCUUGUUUACAUGCAGCAUUACGUAGUAUGGUGCCAUCCUUGUCACAUUUUCAAAGCUAUAAGUCAGCUAAAUUCAAAAGUCAACUGGUAUCCCCACGCCACUGCCACCUAGCGGCCUCCUUCAUUCGGCGCCAUUACGUUUUUUCGUGCCGUCCGAGUCACACGCUUUUGCAUUUAAUUUAUAGAAUUAAAAAAUACUUUUUAAUUUUAAAUUCUGUGCAUCUUAUCGUGUUAUCAUGGGGAUACGAAAGCGCAGUAAGGACCGUGAAUACGAAAAAAUUAUGCGCAAAUUAAGAAAACUGGAAGAAAAGACAAACAAACGUCGCAGGAUCAUAUCAUCUUCUUCGUCGGAUAGCGAAGCAAGUUCGAACCCGGAUUUAUCCCAAAUACCCGUGAACCUCGAUGAUGAAUCGUCUGUAUCAGAAGAAAUUAUCAACGAACCGCGAAGCAGUACUGAAGUUAUUGGUGAUGAACCUUCAUUAAAUCCAGAUAUUCUCGAAAUGUUAGGCGAUGAUCCAUUAGUUGAAAGAACCUUUGGCGAAGACUUGCACAAAGAUAUUGCUAAUAGAUGGCAGCACAUUCUUUUGAAUGGACUUCAUAAAGAAACCAAGUCGGACUUACUGAAGACUUAUUUACCGGCCCAAAACUGUCCGAAUAUGCAAGCUCCCAAGUUAAACUUAGAAGUAAAGGCAGCUCUUAAUGAGAUUGACAACAAAAAGGAUAUGUACAGUCAGGGCAAACAAAGACACUUAUCAAGCUGCUUGGCCGCAGUUGGUAAAGCCUUAAAUAUAGCGUUGGCCCACACGGAUCCUGUCAUACGCGAGAUAAUCAAACCGCUAAGCGACGCUGGGCGUAUGAUUUGCGACUUCCACUACAGAGAGUCUCAGUCAAGAAGAUAUUCAAUCAUAAAUACCCUUAAUAAACAAACAAGGGAUACCGUUAAAAACACAAAGAUUGACGAAUACCUCUUCGGCUCCGAGCUGGCUGACCAUCUGAAAUCUUCAAAAGCUAUUUCUAGAUCCGGCUACGAGUUGAAGCAAACUCGCAACCUUCCUCCAAGAGCUAGGCAGCCUGUUGCUAGCACUGUAGUUCCUGUACGGAGAGCUUUAAACGCGAGGGGGCCGCCGCGGAUGCCCGCCGCCGCCGCCGAGCCCAGUCCGCGCCAGGCGGCACCGCGGUACCAUCAGGCGCCUGCGCCCCCGCCACCGCCGCCGCCAGCGCCGCGCCACCGGCAGCGCGAGACGGCAACAGCGCCGAGAACGACCUAUUACCAACAUCGGAACCAGAGGACGAGGCGUUAAUCGCCCUAAACCCACAGACGCGUCCACCCACUCCACAGGGACCUUACCCUGGCGGCGGUGAGAUUAUCCGGCAGGCGCUAGAGGCGCGCGGUAUGCCCAUGGUAUCCUUAGAUAUUGCAAUGGCAUCAUUUGCUGAUAACACUCUCAAU